CUUGGAGAAAUAACCGCCAUACCAAGGCAAGAUUGCGAUUCGCCUGCUUUCAGCCAAUGGGAUAAAAGUGCGACAACACAACCAAGAAACUGCAAUGGCGUCGAAGCCUUCACAGCCAGCAACAGCUGGGACUAUCAUCACCAGGCUGUAGCUGCUUGUUGGGCGAAUGGAAGACCUUGCACCACAACUGGGUGGCAUACUUGUCAGUGACACCAGCAGCGAUGAGCCCAACCCGCAGAGCACAUUGUAUUCUGCUGGCAUCAGUGUCCCUGUGACUUUGGUGGUGUCAGGUGGCCUCCCUGACCAGGCAGAUAUGGAAGCUCAUGGCAACGCCAUGUUGUCCACAUUAGCACUGCAGUCUGAUGAUGGCUGUGGGCCAGCAACACAAUUUUUUCUCGAGCAACUGGCUGAUGGCCAGACACGCCUAAAAACAGCUGACGGGCAUAUGUUGGAAGUUGACAUUGACCCAGGAACGGUUGGCCUUGUUCAAGGGAAUUCUGGUGUUCCUGUGCUACUCCAGGUAUCACCUGAUGGGACGUUACUCCAGAGAGAUGAUGUGCAGAUAGCAUUGGCAGCAUCAGGUGCAGUUGCUGAAAACUCCACUGACAGCACAGAGGAACAGCGAGAAGAAGCUGGCAGCUCUACACCUUGUGAAGACUCUGAAGAACCCAUGUUUCAAGAUGGGGAGCCACUGCCUCUGCAAAUGUACCUCCAGGUGGGCAAGGAAACAGCUGACGAAAACAGUACUUCCAUGGAGGAUGUUGUCCAGACAAACACUGGCACUGCAGUUGCCAUUGUCACUCCUGAUGGUGAUGAAUCGGAUGCUGAUGAACUUCCAGCACCUACUGUUGUUCGACGUGUAGAGCGAGUGGAGCGUCUGGAGGAUUUCAUGGAUGUGGUGACUACGUAUCACUGCAAGUUCUGUAGCUUCUCCUGUGCCUGGCGCUCUGGACUUAUGUCCCACUUCAGGAGUUGCCACGUGGCCCCAUCGUCAAGUGGCAGCCUCGAGCCUGUUGAACGACCUGUUAGCAGCAGGUCCACAGUGAAGCCAGCAUCUAAAUCUGCCAGAGCAGGAAACAAUGCUGUGGCUUUUGCCCUGACUACAGCAGGUCCUGGUUUGAACACUGAUGUUGCUGGUACUGCUACCUGUGCAAGAGCCGAGCCAAGCAUAGAAGUCGACUCUGGUGCUAUGGAGCCUGCAGUGACUGCACAAGUAGAACCUCCUCAACCUCUCACCAGCACACCAGCCAACAUGCAAGUCAGUGAAACCACAUCAGAGCUUGCUACUGACCCCGUGCCCAGUCGUACUCCCAUGGAUGCUUCCUUAGUGCUGGAGAGUGCUCUGGCCAGCAUGGUGUCAGCUGGCAGCAAUGAAAUAUUGACAAGUGGCAGCAGCUUGCUGCCAAGGGGUGAGGAUGGCCAACCAGUGCCAGCCCAGGAGCGACACAUUUUCAUCUGUGGACAGUGCAGCCAUGGCUUUGGUUCCCUGGACGAAUGCAAGGAGCAUAUGGUUGAGGUGCAUGAUUUGAAAGUUGCUGCUGAGUGUGAUGUAGAGUUAAAGAAGACUCCAGCUGGCCGCAAGCGAGGCCGGCCACGAGUUCUGCCUCAACUAUCGAGCAGCACAUCUGUCACACCCUGCUCAACUGCCAGUGGUUCUAAUGUGAUUGAAGAUGCACUGCAGUCAGUUGAUGACGGAGAUUUGGAUGAUGGCAGCAAUGAAGCCAUUGGCAAGCGUCGAGUACGCCCACCUAAGAACCUUGAAGAAGACUACUUAGUUGCGCCAGCUAGACGGCGGCGUCCAAAGAAGGAAAAUGCUGUUGAAAGGCAAUACAGGUGCGGGGAACGCAGCUGUGGUUAUCGUUUUCGCACUGAAAGCAGCCUUGAAUACCAUGGACGUUGCCACACACCCGCUGGCCCCAGACCAUACCGUUGUCCUGAGUGUGGUGAACAGAGAGAUCAUUGGCGCAGCCUUGCUAUGCAUCUUUGGAGAAGUCACGUGCUGGACUUGGACUUACACAGAUGUUCACAGUGCGAGUACCGGACGUUCAGUGCUUUCAAGCUUGAAAAUCAUGCACGAAUUCACAGUGAGGAGCGUGACUUCACAUGUGCUCAGUGCGGAAAGGGUUUCAAGCAACUUUCACAGCUACGGAACCAUCAUGUUGUGCAUUUGGACCGCAAAAACACACCACAUAAGCGUUGGUACAGCCAGCAGACGUGUGAACUCUGCCAGCGCACAUUCUCAGACUCGAAAUGUUUACGCAAGCACCAUCAGGCAGUUCACGGAAAGGUGAAGCCAUACGUGUGUUCAUUCUGUGGCCACAUGUCUGCACGGAAGGCCAUGCUGCAACUUCACCUCCGCCAGCACACAGGAGAGAAGCCAUUUGCAUGUCACCUAUGCGAAUACCGCACAGGCGAUCACAACUCACUGCGGAGGCACAAAAUGCGUCACUCUGGUACCAAGCCAUACAAAUGUCCACACUGCCCUUAUGCCUGCAUCCAGGCCAUCUCAUACAAGAUGCACAUGAAGAACAAGCACCCUGGCCUGGAUGGAUUGUAUGCUUGUUCACUGUGCAGUUUUCGCUCAGUGAGCAAAGAGAACUACACCAACCACAUGUCAGACCAUAAACGAGGUUUCCUGGCGGUGCCUGCCCAGCUUUCCAGCCCAAGUACAGCCACCUCCACAGCCAGCACAGAGGGAGAAGGACUGCAGUUGCCUGAAGGCACCCUGCAGCAGCUGGAAGGUAUUCUACCAGGCAAUUUGAAUGCAGCUCAACUCAUCUAUAGCUGUCUAAGUGCAUUACAGCAGGAAGGAGGAUCUGCCAAUCUUCCUCCUGGUGUCACUACAUACUCAACUGGUGAUGGUACACAGACAAUCACUAUACAGGUUCCCUCAUCUGCAGCAGGAGACGACAGUGGAUCAUCACUUCUAGCAACACCGGCAGAACAAGACCAGUUCUAUUUGACAGUACAACAACAGGAAGAUGGAAGUAUGGCCUACCUGAGUGGGGAGGGAUUUUCUUCUCAGGGAGCUGAUAUAGAUGACGAGGGCACAGGCCUCAAGAUCAGUGCUGUCCACUUUACAGGGAGCAGAUAAUGAUGGCAGAAAGGUUCUUCUACCCUGGAAUUGUUGAAUGUGAACUGAAACAGGCCUAGAGUGCAGAAGCUCAAGUUUUGCAUGAGUGGAUGUUUACGUCAUUAUCAUUAGAAGCUUGAUGCUUAUGCAAAGUUACCCGUUUCGAUCCCAUGUGCAGCAUCUGUACUACGGGCCUCACAGUUGUGCCUCGAGCUCACUUCAGUCUGUGAUUGGGUGUUUACUGUGUGCUUUAUAAGUACUAAGUAUGUGGUUAUAUUUUAACAUGCACAAGUUGCCACAUGCUUUUUGUGGUAGAACUUGAAUAGUGGGCUUUUACUCUGAAGGCUGUGAAGCAGACUUUUUUGGUUUCUCAACCUGUCACCAGCUCAUCGUAUUUAGUUGUUUACAGAUUUCUUGAACGAACGUGUUUAUUCUGCCUUAUUCUUGCACGAUAAUUCAUAAGAACCACUGGAUCAGCCAGAUUAGCAAUUCUUUUUAUUUGCUAUAUAAGCAUUUUUUUUCCUCUAUACUGAUAAUGUUGAUGACACUAGCUUCUUUGAUCCAACUUAUACAACAAUCAGAAGGUCUAAUGUGUCAAUCCUUUGAACAAUUCCUUGGAGAGCGUUGUGUGGUGUUAGUUACAUAUGAUGCGGUGUAAAAAGAAAACGAUCGUCAAUGUGACAACAAAACAUCUAUUUGAAUGAAACGGUGCUUGGGUUACAUGAGAACUAAUCUUAUCUGUUUUUUUGUUUUUGUUUUUUCGUACUCUCUUUGUUGGCUUUUAUAUGUUGCCUUUUAUACCUCGCUUAUUUCAGGUGGCCUACAACAUAAUUUUUUUAACAAGUGGUACAGGCUUUGUACAUUGCAGUGUGUAUUAUACAUGUGUUUUUUUUUUUAGAGUUUUAGCUGAGCAGUAUUUACAGUCAGCUCAUGUUGGGGCGGUGUGUACUAACAAAUUGCACACAGCCAUACUGUGGGAAUGCUAGCGUGUGUGCACAAUGCUCUUGCCAGAACAGUGGAAGGUAGAACACUGCUCUUGCUUUGAGAGAAGAGUGAUGGUGCACCCCUGGCUUCUUUGUAAUUUUUGUUGGCCAAUCUGGCAGUGCGGUGCUAUUGUCUCUGAGAUAUGCUCUCAUGAAAAAUAGAAAAACAACGCAGUUCUCUGCAGUGCCCUGUUGGUCAAAAUUGAGAAGAGUGGACUGUAACCAAUACUCAGCUAAAGCUGCUUAUCUUGAGCUACUGAGCUGUGUAGCAAGCUUAAAGUUGGGGGCUGAAUUGUGUGUGUGUGUGCUUUUUUUUUUACAUGAAAGAUAAUAGUGUGGCAUAAGUUGGAUGCCUCUUUGUCAAAUUGUUAAUUGUAAAUGUUUUGCUACAUUUCCUUCUGUUCUUAAUAGAGCAAAAAGCGAGUACUUUUGAAGUACUGGGGCUUGAGAAUGUCUCACAAACGAAUUCAUUAAAUCUCCUGAGGAGGUUAGCUUCACAGUGACCAUUUGCACAUUGGGAAAGUGUUUCUUAAAUUGCGGACGUAAUUUUGGAACUCUGUUGGUGUUGUAUGUGGUUAGGCGAGCUUAGUGAGAAAUGAUGGAUAUUUAAAAUUGAACAAAUUAAGACACAAGAGAAAAUGUGACACUAUGUUAAACUUGCUGAACUAUGACUUAUAUUUCUUCAUUGGUGUCUUUGAACUUGGCAUUUUUGUAAAGUUUAUGUUUUAAACUUUUAGGUUAUUUAGAAACUUCAAGUGACCUAACUUGCUCAGUACAACAGUGAAAAAUGGCAGGCACUUUCUUUUCAAUCAGAAAUUAUAGCUUUGCCAAUAAAACAUGAUUUGAAUAAAUUAUUUGCAUAAUAACUAGUGAAGUGCAUGUUCUUGUCUGUUGAGCUUUCCAAGUGAUUUCAUUUUAAGUCAUUUGCAAGGCAUGCUCUGGGCAAUGUUAUUAAGCCUAUUGCAAAUAAAAUGAAGCCUCUGGAAGAUGUGUGAAUAGAAAAUAUGCUUUAACUUUGUUAUUUCAAAGCAGCUUUUAAUCCUCCAAGGUCGAAACGAUCACCCGACAGAGGUAUGGAGGUUCCCAUGAAUGCAGUUUUUAAAAGGAGUACCGACACAAAAAAUUUGCACCUUGUUUUGUUGCAGUAAGUAGUUUAACAACCUAUUAAUCAGGGCUGGAAUUCUCGUUUGCUCAAGCGUGCGACAGUUAGUUAUUUGGAGAUGGUUUUAUAGUGCCCAGUCGCAGUUUUGGUUUCAGAGAACGGUAGGACCAAGCGGGGUUUUUAUUUAAACACAACUGGCUACAUGAGCGCACAAAACUGAGCACUGCAUUGACACCUUUUUUCAACGAAGGCUUCCUGGGUACCACCUUAAUUUCUUCUGGGUGGUUGUAAGUAUGCGUUACUCCCUAAAAAUGCACUGCAAGGCAACGACGUCAGCAUUUGUACUCUUGGGCUGGUCUAUAAAGAAGGUGCUACCUCUCUCCAUUGAAAACGUAUGCUAGGAAAGAGCAUUCGCGAGGAGCAUGGCAGCCAGCACAAACUCGUGAUGUCGGUUGUUGAUAGUUGUUUACAAUGGAGCCAACUUGUUGCUCGACACGCACUUUAAAAUUGAUUUUAAAUAUGUUCUAGGCUAUAUUAGCUGUUGAUAUUUUGCAGAUGAUGCGUGUGUGUCUUUACAAAUCUAUCACACAGGUUAGCUUGCCUUCAAAGCUUUGUGCAGUACUCCUUUAAUAUGACAUGUUUUCCUCACCUUACAAUAAGGGCAAAAAAAAAAAAAAAGUUGAACUACAUUUCAGCUACAUUUGUUAUAAUUGUAUGGUAUACAUCGUAAAAGUCACAGGGCUAUUAUUCAUCUAGUAAACAGGUAAUAUAAGCACUUUGUCUUAAAGGGCCAGUAAACAACCUCGCGGUCCAAAAUUUGUGAUGGAGAGAUAACUGCGCACUUGUACGAUGUGAAUGUGCUGCUGCAAGAAUUUUGCGAAUAAGUGCUGUAAUAAGGAAGUUACAGUGUAUAGAGCAACCCGCUUUGGCUGGUUUCGGUUUCUCGCUGGGCCUUCCCAGCCUUCUCAACAGCGAAGAGGGGUAGGCAUAGUCCUUUGUCAUGACUACGCCCACUUCAGCAACAAAGCACGACGUCAGCGAUUACUUGGCACGCAGCCAACAACCGAGCAAGGCUUCCUCUACGUGUUGCUCUUGUCAAAGCGGCAUGGUGAGGAAGAGGGGUGCGAGGCUCUGGCGGGGUACACACAGAUGCUACGCUGCAUGCGCACUUCCCCAAGCAGUAAAGUCGCAAGAUGCCUCUUGAUCUCUGAGGCUUUUCGUUCUGGUGAUACCACUUGUCCCGGUUGUCUCAGCUCUACCAAAACGGCAGCGGGCAGCACAGGAAAAUUAAAAUGCGGACUGUGCAGUCAAAACUGCAUCACCGCAGGGCCAAGGCGUCGUCGCAGUGCAAAGGACCAAUCAAUGAAGUCAGUGCUAUGUAAUGUUGCCCAUGGGCAAGAUUACGUCACUGUGCGGGCAAAAAGGAUUGGUUAGGCGCACAAGAGGAGCGUGGGAAUUGUUUUUCGAAAUCGAGCGUCUGCGCCGCGCUGUGGUAUUUGAAAGUGCGAUCGUCAUGGCUUUCUGCACGAAUUAGUGAGCUUGUUUUGGAGGUGUUAAAAAAAAGUUUAAGCCUGUUUACUGGCCCUUUAAAAGGUAUAGUAGGACAAAUGGGUCGUCUGGUUUCAGCUUUAUAUCUCAACAACUGUUUCAUGUAUUAUUGGGAACUUUUGCAUGUUUAAUAAGAAUGAUCUUGGCCUUUACGCGAUGUAAUUUUUCCCUGCAACCUUUCUUGCAUUUUUUUUGUAUUUGAGAACCACAUUUUAGGCUGGGGUGUGAAAUUAAAUGUAUCUUUUCUCAGAAACAAGAAACACUAUGUCCGUGAAAUUCUGCACACUAAUUCCACAUUAUAGUGAACUUAAUUUGUACCUAAAAAAUUGGUUUCCUGCUUUCACCUCACAUUUUUAGCUUCGCAGAAGGUUGGAUAUUGAUGGGGGUCUUCAUAUGACUGUUGUUAUCAACUGUUUCCAAUGUGCAAACUGGUUGCUGCAAGGUGUUUAUUGUAUGCGUUUUUUCUGAUGGUCAUGGAUUAAAUGGCCUUGCUCUAGCUAUUUGGCUUUGUCACCUGGAGGCAGAAUCUGUUUUGAAAAUUAUGUUGUUACGCUUUGAUAAGAGACCUGCGAUAUAAUAGAGUGCUUGGUGCAAUUUCGUAUUUUUUGGUGUGUUGUGCUCUAUGACGCAAAUGAAGCAGAAAUUUUAAUUUUGUAUACAGCUAGGAAAGCUAUUUGUAAACGGAUACUUACACAGUUUAGUAGAUCAAUGACCCCCCCCCCUCCCUUUUUUUUUUCCACCAUUGUUUUUUUCUUUAUUUGUUUUAGUUGUCCUAGAUACCAGAAACGCCAGGAUGACUUUGACGUUUUACUAGAUUGCAAUGUCAUGCAUGAAAAAAAAACGUGCAGCAAAAGAGUGCUUUCUUGGGCCAUUCGGUACAUGUUGAAGCUAAAUAGAAUAACAGCACACUGGAUAGGACUAAAGAGCUGACUGACAAACAGUUCCCUGUUCAUCCUUCACCUUUUUAGUCCUUUUCCAUGUGCUGUUAUUCUAUGUAUUUGGAAAAGAUAACUUAACUCAUUUUAUUGGUGUAUGUAAACAUGCUUUAAAGUGUACCCUUUGCAGGGAAACCCAUUCUAUGGGGUAGCAGAGCAUUGUAUUUGUAAUUGCAGUUGUACUAACGUAAGCAUCGAUACUGCUGUACUAGCAAUGGUGUAAACAGGUGCUGUUCUCUUGUUUAAUGAUGUUACUGCUUAUAGGAAUCUUCCAAUGACCGAGCUUAUAGGUCUAGUCUUUACAAGAUUGUACAUAUGUGUACAUUAAACAGACUUCAUUU